AUGGUUCAGUACACUCCUCCGCCUGCGGACUUGUCCCACCUUAAUCCGAUUCAAAGAUAUAUGCAGAAAGGAGAGCUUGAAGGUCGAGAUUGGGCGUACCUUUUAAUUUUCGUUCUGGCAUACCUCGCAGCAAGGCCUGCCAUUCAGCGGGGCAUCAAGUGGUGGAUGGCCGACGAUGAACUGAAAGAGGGCGAACGCGCGCAGGCUGAAUUCCUACAAUCAAAAGCAAAGGUCAGCCCGAAUACGAUACGAGGAAAUAAGUCGCAGGAGGCCACCACGAUACCAGAGGGCGCUGGCGAUACAACAACUGGCAGUAGCUUGGACCACACGGGCAAUGUUACGAACCGCAAGGCUAAGGACAGGUCACAGGCAGAAGUCUUGCUCGACUGGGACGAUCAGCCAGAACGGAAGCCUACAGACGGUGACAAGGCAGACGUCGUUACAUGGAUGAACAGAUGGUCAAAUGAAGAAUGA